GCCUAUAUAUCUGCUUCUAGAUCUUUUUCUUUACUUGGGUUAUCUAAAGAUAUCUAUUUCUUGCUUGUCCCUCCUGUGCUGAGGAGAGGCCGCCAACCAACAUGGCGGAUUCAUAUUCCUCCCAGACAGACCAGGGCGACGACGACUCCAACAACAACAGCAACAAAACCACCACGAUUAUUAUCGGAGUUGUUGUAGGAGGGGUCUGUGCUAUUUGCAUCGCUGCAACCGUCAUCUUCAUCCUCUACAAAAAGCGCAAAUGGGAUCGUAUCCGCCAAUGCGAAGAACGUCUCCUCGACUACCAACUCGCAACAAGCUACUCCAAAUCCCGCUCCGUCACGCCAGAAGAUCACUGCCUUGAUCUGGGGAGGAUGCCGCCAGCCCUAGCCCCGGGUCCGGGUCCAGGACUCCUCCAACAACCGCAAUACGCACGCGACCCUAGCAACCCAUCGAGAAGAUCUAGAUCGGCCACGCUUGAAGCACCACCACCAGCCUACCAAUCGCUUCAUCCGCGGUACGAUCCAUCGCGGUACUCGAAUAUCUCGCGGACCUCGGCCGCGUUCGACCUGCCAAAGUCCAGCAAUGCGAAUAACGGGGGGUUGUCGAUCUCGAUUCCGAGUAGUGAGGGCCCGGGGGGUUUGGCUUGGUAUCAUCAUCAGCAGCAGCAGCAGCAGCAGCGGGAAUCGAUGCUUUCCACGGCUUAUUCGGUAGGAGAUUGGCCAUUAUCGUCGACAUUGGACGCGAAUACUCGUGCCGAUACACGUCGAUUAUCUACUGCUGCUACUGCUCCCCAGGAAGAAAGACGAGGCCCUCAACGACCGAAACCGGUUUUAUCGAGACUCGUUACGAACUUCUAAUAGAGAACAGAAAGGAGGCUUUCACUUUGUUUUGGUUUGGUUAGCGUCUAUAAAUGUCGUUGGCGUUUCUCAGGGUUUCUCAGGUGGGUUUACUCGGUAUUUAUUCUCGGGAUGGAUCUGGGGUUGCUUAUUAUGGAUUCGUAUGAUGGCGUAAGGAAGUAAUA